GCGAAUUGUUUGUGUUUUGCAUCUGAAAAGGAAUUUAAUAUUUCUGAUUUCUGUUUUCGUUAAAGUAACUUCAGUAACUACAAGUAAAACAGGAUAUUUAACUCCCUACCUUUACUUGAAAAGUGCGAUUCCUACCGCGCUAUCUGUUGUUGUAUUGUGGUUGUGUGAAAUAUUAAAAAUUAAGUGCUGUUUUGUGCCGGCGCGCAGUCAAAUUGCAAUGCAUAUGAUUGUUCAUUUGGAUUUGAAAGGCGCACCUUUAAAGAUAGCAUUUUUGGAGAGGGUGCUAAGUAGUAUCAAGAAAUGGGGCGCUACUGGCAUACUUAUAGAAUGGGAGGAUUCAUUUCCAUACACUGGGGUGAUAGCAAACAUUGGAAGCCUGACUGAUGCGAGCGGUGAUGGGAUGUACACAGUUGAAGAAGUGAAACACAUAUUGUACUGUGCAAAAGAAAAUGAGCUGGAAGUGAUACAAUUAGUACAAACGAUUGGGCACAUGGAGUUUGUUCUCAAACACCCAUGCUACAGGAAAUGUCAAGAGAAGGCGAGAUCCCCGGCGGUGUUGUGCCCGUCGCAGACAAACAGUCAGGAACUUGUGCGUACGAUGGUGCUACAGGCGUUGGAAAUUCAGCCGGAUGCCAAGUACUUUCACAUUGGGGCUGAUGAAGUAUGGCAUACUGCAGUCUGCAUAAAAUGUCAGUAUCGGGCUAUACCAAAUAAUCUAGGCCCUCUUUCUUUAUACUUGGAGCAUAUAAGAGACUUGGCCUUGUUUAUAAAGCAGCAGAGACCGGACCUGACUAUACUCAUGUGGGAUGAUAUGCUUCGAUCAACAUCAGCGAAUGUAUUGCAACAUUAUAAGUUAGGCGAGUUAGUGCAGCCCGUGGUGUGGAAUUACAACGUAAAGGCAGAUUUCUCCAUAAAUCCGCAGACAUGGGACUGUUAUAGGACAAUAUUCCCAAGCUCUUGGGUUGCCAGUGCGUUCAAAGGUGCCAGCGGCAGCUGUGAGGUCUACCCUAACACGGAUAGAUACGUGAACAACCAGGAAGCUUGGAUAGAUGAAGUGCAGAAAGUCGCAUCUGUCAACUUUGCCGGCGUCGUACUGACUGGGUGGUCGAGGUACGACCACUUCGCUACGCUGUGUGAACUGCUGGCGGUAUCCAUGGAGUGUUUGAGGAGCUGUUUGCACGUGUGGAACAAGUUUAUGACCAACAGUUGCCAGAGAACUGCUCUAGAACGGAAAAUGGGGCUGACAGAAGGGGUGCUGGGACAGGAGUUUAUCCACACCAUGAAGAUAUUUAUGAAGUUAAGAGAUCGCUCUCAACAACUCUUACAUAGCGACUUAGUGGCCACGUGGCUGAACCCGUGGCAAAUAGAACACGGCUACACCAACCCGGCGCAUCUCGAGCUCAUAGCGAACGAGUCUAUCACGCUGAUAAGGGAGCUGACUGCUUUACGGAGUACAAUCCAGCGCCUUCUCGCCACCGUCACGGGCUCAAGGAGCACAAACGAGUGGGUGGGCACCUUCAUCACGCCGCUGCUCAAGAAGCUCACAGAUGUGCAAGAUUUGGCGAUCAGGCGAUACAAUAUAGACGCUAGUGUCAAACCUAUAUAAUCACCGUGAAGAAGAAGUUGGUGGUGUAUAAAUUACUGUACUGUAGUUUUUAAUUUCCUUAUUUUUGUGUGUGUAAUCUGUGAUUUUACGCUCCUUAUUACGUCAGUUGUCACUGUCAUCCUUCAACAUAGACACGUGACAAGGACAAAGUGUUGAACUUAUCAAAGAGUAAACAAACAGAGAGUGUUUCGCAAUGCACCUGAAUACAGUCCGUUCGCAUAUAUUAUAAAUCUAGUAAAUGCCAAAUGUCGGAGAUACUAAAAUAACUGAGAACGGACUUUAAUUAACAAUUAUUUCGUCACGAUCGUAGAAAUGUGAUGGUUUUGACGGUUUUGCAUUUGAAUUUAACGGUGUAAAUACUAUUUCUUUUCAAUAAUUUUGUUAAAUUAUUACAUAGGCAAUAUAGCUGCUUUUUUAUAUUAUGUAACACUUACUGAAUCGGCAGACGUCCUUCUCGGAAUAGCAGCAUCAAAUUUAAUCAAAUUUGGUAACAUAACGACAAAAACUCCAUCUAAAAAUAUUUUUGUAUUAUUACUAAAACAUUUGCAAGUCCUAUUAUACAAAGAUAUAAGAUGAUUGCCUUUCUACUGAAAACAAAUAUUUUAGAUUGUAAAUGUAACAUAAAUAAUUUUAAGUCUGAAAUUGCCAACCACGUUAAACUAUAUAAAUAAUAUGUAUGUGAUAUAAAAUUUUAUUAUCGGUUUAAUUAUAAUCAAUGUAUUAUGUAGUCACUUGGCCAUAUCCAAGAUGUUGUUUUUAUGAUUGCACGAAUUUAUGCAUCGAAAGAUACACUCCCUAUCCGACUAGGCUUUGUGGCACCCUACUAAUAUUAUAAAUGUCAAUGUAAGUUUGUUUGUUACGCUUUCACGCAAAAACUACU